AUGGAUCCAUUCUUAGAGAAAGACAUAAGCCGCACUGAAGUCUGUCGCAACCUAAGAAGCAGUAAAUGUGCUAAAGCCCCUGGACCUGACGGUAUCGCCAACGAGUUUCUCAAGCAUCUUCCCCCGGACUGGGUCCAGAAUCUAACAAAGAUGCUGAACAAUGCUUGGAAGGAGAAGAAUGUUCCUGACUGCUGGCCCAAGGCUGCGCUGUCCAUGCUCUUCAAGAAAGGAGAUCCUGCUGACCCGAUGUGUUACCGAGGUAUAGCUCUCAUUAAUAACAUCCUCAAAAUGUACACGGGAAUUUUGCACUCCCAUCUUGAAGCCUGGAUGGCAUCCCGCAAUAUUCUCCCUGAAGAGCAGGCUGGCGUUCGUCGUGGUAGAGGCUGCAUUGACCAAACAUUCUCCCUCGUCACCGCCGUACAAACAAAACUGAGAUUGACAGGUAACACAAUUUAUUGCAUCUUCAUUGAUUUUAGGAGAGCGUUUGAUUUAGUCCCUCAUCAACUGCUAUGGGAAAAGCUGGGCAAAUUGGGUGUGAGUGGGAAGACCCUUAGAGUCUUUCGCAACAUUUACGAUAAUGCUUCGGUCAAGGUGCGCCUUGGCAUGGACUACACGGAGGACUUUGAGGUGACUGAAGGGACCUUGCAGGGUGACAAACUGAGCCCUCUGCUCUUCAUCGCCUACAUCGCGGAUUUCAUCGAAUUCCUAGAGAGAAAAAACAUUCAAUGUCUCGACAUAGGUGGUAAAAGUCUCAGAGCCCUCCUCUACGCCGACGACACAGUGGUCCUUGCAAGAUCCUUGACCGACGCCCGUUAUAUCCUGAAAUGCCUCCCCGAAUACUUCGACGCCAAUGGUCUGGUAGUUCACACGGGUAAAACGGAGGUUUUGGUUUGUCGCCCGUCUGGUAGGGUGAGAGCGCAUGAAAAGUCUGCUUUCUUCUACAAAGAUCAACUCGUUAAGACAGUUGAGCAAUGCACGUACCUCGGCACGGUCUUGGAUGGCGCAAUGUCUGGUAAUCAGGGAGCUAUCUCUGCCAUGCAGAAAGCUAGAAUAGCCAUCGCCACUGCCAACUCAAUUCUCCGCCGCACCAAAGCCGAGGACUGGCACUCCAGGAUCAAACUAUUCGAUAGCCUCGUGUCUUACACUCUGCUAUAUGGAAUCCAGACCUGGGGCCCUGACCAUCUUAAUGAAAUAGAAAAGAUACAGACAGACUAUUUUAAACGCAUCUUUCUUCUCCCCAGCAAUACCCCGGGCUACCAUAUCAGGCUUAAACUGGGCAUUCAACACCUUGCCCUUCGGGCUUUGAAUUUCAUCUGGGACUGGAUCUGUAAGGUCCUGAAAAUGAACCAUGAGAGAUGGCCCUAUAUCUGUCUGAUGGAAACGAUUCGACUCUCUCGGUCUCCAGCCUGCAUAGCAAAAUUCAAUUGGGUCUCUAGAGUGAGCGACAUCUUCGCCUCGGUUGGUCUCCCCUCAAUGUUUGACCACCUGGACUUAGCCUUCUGGAUGGAACGGAGACAGACCUUCAUCGAAGCCCUAGAGUCGAAACUGAGAGCCACUUAUUACGCUAGCUUACUAUGCUCGAGCUCGUCACAGGUUCAACUAAUCAGGAGCCCCUCAGAUGUCACUGCCAACUACUUACGCUUCAGAGGAGGGAUCCACGCCACACGAGUCGCCAUCCAGCUUAGACUCGCUAAUGUUUAUGUAUGUGGAGUUGUUUGCAACGGCCUAACAUACAAGCUGACAACUGGAUCUCCCUGUCGCCAUUGUGACCUGAAUUCGCUGGAAACGUUGGAACACUUUCUACUGGUUUGUCCGGCAUAA